CAAGUGUGUCCCGGGGGAAAGUUCUGUCAUUGGACCACAAAAUUAAUCAGAAGAACACAGGAGUUCGAAUUUAAGGUUCAACCCUCCAUUGCAAGCGGAUGACAGACAAGGUGACAAAGGUUUAGUAACCUUUAAGAAAACUUUGUCCAGCAGUGGACAAAGUUAAAAGAAAGACUAGAUAUUAAUUGUGUAUUGUAUUGUGUGUGUAAACAGUUCUUUUCAAUAAUGAAAGGAAUGUUAGUUAAGCUGGGGAAGAACAAGGUCAAAUGUGUAGAAGAAGGGCCAAAUUCAAAUAAUGUUUGUGGAAACCGUAACGAAAAUCGGCUAUUGUUUUUAAAACAGCUGUUCGUAGCCAGCGGAAUAUGGACCCCCUACCUAUCUGUGGGCCUCUGCUUGGGCACCCCGACGGUGUACAUCGCGCAAAUGAGGCGUGAAGUCAACUCCACCGAAGCCGUGUCUCCUGAAAUGUCAUCUUGGAUCUCAUCAGCCUUCGGCUACGCGUCGAUCCCUGGCGUGUUUCUCCUGGCAUACCUGACGACGCGAAUUGGUAGAAAAAGGACUUUCAAUCUUGUCUCCAUCAACAUGCUCGUGGUAGCUACCAGCUACUAUCUUAGCAGCACUCCGAUGCACAUCAUAAUAACUGAGAUACUCCAAGGAAUACCGCAUGCUUGCAGCGUUUCCACCUCUAUAAUAGCUCUGGUUGAGUACACCUCCCCUGAAAACAGGGGCUUGAUUUGAUUUGGGCAGCUAACACUGUGGGUACACUCACAAAUUGGAGGUACAUCUGUGUGAUAAGUUAUAUGAAUGCGGCAUACGCGUUAUCUUCUUUCUUCUGGCCCGAAUCUCCGUUAUGGUUAGCAAGUAAAGGUAGGUUUGAAGAGUGUAAGGAAUCACAUAGAUGGUUGAAAGGGAGGGGGGACGCCGCUGAGAAAGAGCUGGAAAAAAUGAUCAGAACGCAAAUGGAAAACGUCAAAAAGCCUUGGAGUUGUAGAAAUAUGUUUCAGUUUUUGACUUUAAGAGAGUUUUACAAACCUAUCAUUCUUUCUUCAAUAAUGAUGGUCAUGUACCAUUUAUCAGGUAAACAUGUCUUUACGAUGUAUGCUAUAGAUAUUUUAAAGAAAAUCACGAAUAGCGAAACCGCCGCGUACAAUGGCAUGUUAAUUCUGGAUGGCGUUUCAGUAUUCUGCAUGUACAUAGGCUGUGUUCUUUCGAAAUUUUUGAGGAGACGCACUCUGCUUUUCGUGUUUGGACCUUUAGCAGCUUUAUUCUUGUUUUUAAUGUCAUUAUACUUAUAUUUAGUUAAGUUGUCUAUCGUCAACGAGAACAAAUAUGUGUCGAUUAUGUUACUAAUAGGUUUUUCUACAGCUAUAGGGUUAGGACCCAUCAUUUUAGCUACUUCUUUGUAUGGGGAGUUGAUACCAACCAACUACAAAGGGCAAGCUGUGACAAUAAUAUCCUUAAUAUUUGUGUUAAUACAGUCCACUGUACUUAAGACGUCUCCGUAUGGUUUUGUAGCUAUAGGAACUCAUGGUAUGUUUAUGUUCUAUGGUAUUUCAGUUACUGUAUGUUUGUGUGUGUUGUACAAAUAUCUACCGGAGACAAAGGACAAGACCUUGCAGGAAAUCGAAGACCAUUUCAAGAGAAAGGAAUGAAUGUAGGUAGUUA